CCCUGCUUCGCAGUGAGGAGCUUGAAGUUUGGGCCGUUGGCUCAGUCGGCUGGCAGCCGUUGGCCGGCAUAGACGCUCCUGUUCACUUCGCUGUGGAGGACUCAGAGAGCAGCGGCAGUUAUACCUACAGGGCCCUGACUGCCUGUUAAGAUGGAACAGCAUCUAGCUGAGGCUUUGGAGCAGACAGAUGAUAUUAUUGAGACUGUCCAGCAGGAGCCUCCUCCAGCCAACCCAGUGCCUAGUGGGGAAAAAUCUCUUCAUGAAAAACUGUAUGACAUUUAUGUUGAGGAAUGUGAAAAAGAGGCAGAGGUAGAGGGCCUUAGAAGCAAUGUCAACUUGCUAGAGAAGCUUAUGAGGAGAGAGGCGUUGCCAUGUUUAGUGGUCAACCUGUACCCAGAAAAUCAGGGCUAUUCUCUCAUGCUGAAGGACAAAGAGGGAGUUCUUAUUGAGCCCUUUCCAGUGCCUUAUUUAGGACAGAAACUACUUGAAUACUUGGAUGCUGAAGAGUUACCUUCUUUUCUGAUUGAUGUCCUGGAAAAGUCUCCUGUGAAUGUUUUUCACCAUGGGUGUGUCAUAGCAGAAAUCAGAGACUACAGACAAUGCAGUGACAUCCACCCCCCUAGGGAGCUUGGUGCAGAGCCUGCUGUGUCAUCUGAUGUGUCCUCUGCUGCAUCAUCUGCUGAGACAUCUGCUGAGUUGUCUGCUGAGUCAUCUGCUGUGGCAUCUGAUGUGUCCUCUGCUUCCUCGACUCCUGCUUACCAAACUCGACACAUUCUCUUACGUCCCACGAUGCAGAGUCUAGUAAGCGAUGUAGAGUCCAUUACAAGUGAUAACCGUCAGUGGACUGAGGAAGAAAAACUUGAGCUUGAGAGUCAACUGAUUUUAGCUACAGCAGAGCCACUGUGUCUGGAUCCCUCUGUUGCUGUUGCCUGCACAGCCAACAGACUGCUGUUUAAUCAGCAGAAGAUGAUGACAGACUCUAUGAGACAAUGCUUUACGAGUCACGAGUGGCCCUAUCUAGAACUGGAGGAAGAACAAUAUAUAUGUACAACUCCUCCUGAUGUUUCAACAAUGGUUGCUUGCAGAAAACAAGUAGAAACAAAACAAGGUGAUCAAUAUGAUCUGAAGAUUGCUGAAGCAGGAAAGUGUGUAGACACGUGGAAGCAGAGAGCCUGUGAACCGGAGGCCCCCAGAGAAGUGGAUGUGCAUAAAUAUGCUAGAGGGAAGCAAAUGGCGCCCUGUGAUGAUGCAGAAUCAACAGCCUGGCCACUUCCUGAGGUAAAUGAUUAUCCAUUUGAGUGUGAAGAGGGCAGUCAGCAGUGGGAACCUAAGCCUAGUACAAGUACAGCACAGUCCCUUAGUGACCCAUUUUUCUCUCCUGAAGUAAGGCUACCAACAGAGGGUAGAUGUGAUAGCCAGAUGUAUCUUCCCCAGGUUGCCCCAAGUGAUCAUUCAGACGACGGUUCUGUAGCUGGGGAAAGGAUUGAGCCUGGGAAGGCAAUGGGUGUUGGCCAGGAGUCUGUCCAGAGCACAGCUGAAUGUCUAGGCAAAAUACUGCAGGGGUCUACUGACUCCAUCCAUCUUGGUCAGCCCUCCCUAGGGAAGAAGGCCACAUCCCAAUCAGUGUCAUCUCCAGCCGUGGAGACAAGAAUUAAGUCCCCAGCUCCAUUGCUCACACAACCCUCCACCUCAGGACAGGGCUCUUCAGCAGUCAGUUCUUCCUCAAUAUCUGUCAGAGGUAGGAAGCUUCCAAGACUUGCUCCUUCUCCCAAAUCAGCUGGCCAGGCUCAGCAAACCUUUUGGGGAGUGAGCAGUGUUAACACCCUGCCUUCAGCAGCCCAGUCCUCUGCCCGCUCAACAGGGAGCAGUCCGGUCAUCCAAGGCCCCAGCAGUGGCACUGGCCAAAACGUUAUCAAUUUGCUUGGCCUAGCACAGAGAGCCCCUGUUUUGAUGAAUAGUCCAUCCCGGGUGUUGAGCUUCCCCACUGGUGCCCGAGCAUCUACAGAAACCUCUUCUAGAGGCUUUCUGCCUCCCAGAAGCCAGAUGCUCAGUACCCAGACUAGAACACCACAGCGCUCAGUGCAGACAUCAGUGAAAUUAAUUGUAAAAAAUACCUCAGGUCCUGUAACUGUUAGGCUUCCACCAGGCUCUGUCAUUUUGCACCCAGAGUUACAAGCACAGCGGCAGCAGCCAUGGCCGCAGCUACAGCAACCACAGCAGCAGCCAUGGCCGCAGCUACAGCAACCACAGCAGCAGCCGUGGCCACAGCCACAGCAACCACAGCUGCAGACGUGGCCGCAGACACAGCAACCACAGCAGCAGCCGUGGCCACAGCCACAGCAACCACAGCAGCAGCCGUGGUUGCAGCAGCCUCGGCCACAGCAGUAUGUACAACCAGAGCUGCAGAGGCAGAAGCAGUUAGAGCCUUUGUAUGUAUUGAUUCCAAAACAGCAUCAGCCACCUAGGGCCCCUGUCCCUCCAAGACCAGUGCCACCAGCUUGCCCCCAGAGGUCUAACAUUCAGCAGUGGGCACUGUCAGCUCAGCAAAGCGGUCUCCUUAACCUUGCUGAGGCUGGGAGGGUUCGUCAGCCUCAGGCAACUGUGGUAUGUCAGCUAGGCUCCACUCAGCAGAGUCAUGGGCAUAAUCUUCCUUCACAAAGCUUCCAGUACCCUGCUGCCCGGGUACAACAGCUGCAGGCUAGAGGCCAGAAUGUGCAGCUGAGAUUCAUGCCACGUAGAGUGGCUAUGCCCAGAGCAGCCAUUCAGCAAACUCAUCAGGGACACACAGGUGGCCAGUAUAGAGGUACAGGGAGGGGAGAACCACCAACUGCCCCAGACUCUUAAGUCUUGCCUUAGUCUCCCUUUCUCAAAAUAUGCACUAGUGUUGAGCUAAAUCAAUUUUCAGUUUUUACUUCAUAUUUUUGGUGUUUUCAAUGUGCCAAGGUUUUAUAGCUAAAAGUUUUACAUAGAACUCAGAAGGGGACUUUUUAAACUACUGCUAUUUUACUUGCUAUUUUACUAGUGCUAUUUUUGUUGUUGAUAAAGUCAAGUUUAUUGUAAUGUCCUGAUGUAUAUCUACAUCUAAACUAGGUUAAUUUUAGUUUUUUUCAGACUGACAGUUCUCUAAUUAUUAAAAUUGCAACAGUACACUUUAAUAAUUUGGAGGCUUAUUUGUAAAUGGUGAUUAAAAACAUGCAUUUUGCUGUUUUAACUAUUUUUUUUGAGGGACAGGGUUUCUCACAGUACCUGUGACUGCACUGGAACUCACUGCAUAGAUCAGGCUGACCUCAAACUCACAGAGAUCCACCUGCAGCCUCUGCCUCCUGACUGCUGGGAUUAAAUGUGGGUACCACCAACACUUGCCCUGUUUUAAUAAGUUUAAGGAUGCAGCUCAGUAUAUUAGUAAGUACAAUCCCAUUGUAGUGCAAAAACAUUCUAGAACCUUUUUGUUUUGGGGGAUUGAAACUACACCUGUUAACCAUCAAUUCCCCAUUUCCUAUCCCCACCCUUUGCUUCCCGAACCCUUCUACUUUUGGCACAAUGUCACCAAGAUUCAUAUUGUUGUGCCUUGUGAUAGAAGGUCAUAGCUUUGUAAAACUCAUUUCCCUGUCUUAAAUACAUAAGAACUUGACUUGUGAACCAGGAGAAAUCUUUCAAGAGAACUUGGUUGGUAUUUCUUUAGAUUCAAAGGCUUGAGUGCAGUGUCUGAAAUGUGAUUGAUGUGAAUGCACUAUGAAAAACUAAUAUAUUUUUUGUUUGAUUUUGGAGACAGGGUUUUUCUAGGUAGCUCUGGUUGUCAUGAACUCACUGUGUAGACCAGGGUGGCCCGAAACUCACAGAUGUCCACCUGCCUCUGUCUCCGGAGUGCUGAUGGUAAAGGUGUGAACCACCACCUGGCCUGAUUAGGGUUGUCACACUGAAAUUGAGGACAGCCGAGGCCUGCAGUCCUGUGCAAGGGAGCCCAUGGCAGCCUUGUCUGAUGAGCAUCCCAGUCCUCGGAAGGUUUGCCCUGCAGCCAGUGCUCUGGCAGACCCCAGCUCCCCUCCAGGCCCUACCACUGGCCUGGAAAAGGCCAUCUGGGCUGGCUCGCUGUGGCUCUCCUUGUGAAGCCACUUACAUGUUUUAGAACAUUCUAGGUCAAUGGCACAGAGGAUAUAAGCAAGCACUUAGAACUUGGUCUUGCAGACUGGUUCUUCAUUGCCCACAGCUGUCUGAGGCUGUUAAGUGGGCUCCUCUGCUCCCAUCCCCAUCCCGUUUACUCCUCAUCAAUUGUUCCACACUCCCUGCCUGCUCACCCCAUCUCAGUGUCCUUGUUUCAGUGGACUGGGCUGCUCUGCCCUUAGAGGAUUGAGGUUUAUCAGUUCUGUAACAAACAUCUGUCCACAUGAAGGUGCAGUUCCUUAGCAUUCGUGACAUUGGCAAUGCUGUGCAGCCAGCCCUCUGUGUGUUUCCAAAACAUGCUCGGCACUUCAAAGAAGUCCUGGACCCAUUAAGCACUA